AAUGAGAGUGGAAUUGCGUAAGAAGAAAGCGCGGGUAAGGGGGUGUAGGCAGAAUAAGAGAGUGGUUAAAUGUGUUAUUGUUAUUAUUUUGAGUAUUUGUGAUGUUUCAAAGGAGUGUCUUUGUAGCGCAUUAUGAGCUUUAUCAUACUUUAUGGUUUUUCAAAAUGUAAAGCACGCUGUUUGAGUACAUCUGCACAACCACAGCCUGAAAAAAUCAAUAAUGUUUGUAGGACACAUGAAAACGAUCCAAGAAAUCACACGCUGGAUCAUGUUGGCCUCUAUUAUACUAUUCCUGUAGAAGAAAUAAAUGGUGUGCUCAAGAAUUGUGUGCAUCCAUGGCAUUUAAGAUUGAUGAAUACUUUUAAUGAAUAUGGAAUGAUGGUUAGAAAGCCUGCAGUAGAACUCAAUGGGUACAUUCAAAAUGUGAAUUUAAAUCAUCCAAUUCCUAGAUUUGUUCUCUAUGGGCGUACAGGUGCAGGCAAAGCUUCUAUUUUGCUUCAUACGAUGCAGCGUUUUCAUCGAGAUGGAUGGCUCAUUCUCAGUGUCCCUUGGGCUGGACGUUGGGUAAGAGGAUGGUACAAGGAAGUUUCAGAAUCAACAUACAAGGCUGGUCGUUAUGAUCUCCCCACAGAUGGAGCGGAAUGGCUUGCUCAUUUUAAACAUCAAAAUGAGGGUAAAUUGGCAAACCUUAAAACAACAUCUGAAUACAUCUGGACUAAAAGAGAGAAUGCAGCAGUUGGCACACCCAUAGAAGAAAUAAUAAACUUUGGACAGACACGUAUCAAAUUCUCAUCAGAUUGUGUUGGGGUCAUUUUGAAAGAAAUAAGAAACCAGGCACAAACUUUGGGAUUAAAAGUACUUGUAGUUGUCAAUGCUGUCAAUGCAUUUUAUACACAGUGGAAUCAAUUAAAUGCACUUAAAAACUCUGGAAAGAAAAAGCUUCAUCCUAGUGAAAUAUCUCUAAUUCAUAAUUUUAAGAAAAUGUUAACACCAACGUGGACAAAUGGUGUUGCUGUGUGCACUGUUGAAGAAGCUUGUAACAAUCUAAAUGAGAGAGAAAAUUAUACACCAUUGUACCUAUUAAAACAAGAGGGCUUUGAAGCUCUGGAUCCUUUUGUCCCCAUUCUAGUCCCUGAAUACACAGAAAAAGAGGCUCUUAGUACUAUCAAUUACUACAUAGAACACAACUGGAUACAGAAUGCUCAUGGAAGAACAGAAGAAGGAAAAAAAGAAAUCAUUUUUGUAAGCAACAAUAACCCUUUCAAAUUAUAUCAAGUUUGUACAUCAUUGUAAUAUUUUUCUGUAUCU